AGAAUAAGAAGGGUCCCCUCCCGGGUGCGGCGCAGUGUGUGAGUGAAAGAAGAAGAAGAAGAAGAAGAAGAAGAAGAAGAGGGAAAUAAAAAUGGAUCCAGACGCGUUAGCAAAGGCAUUCGUGGAGCACUAUUACUCAACCUUCGAUUCCAACCGUGCUGCUCUUGCUAAUCUCUAUCAGGAAGGUUCCAUGCUCUCUUUCGAAGGUCAAAAGAUUCAAGGUUCUUCAAACAUCGUCGCUAAACUCACCUCUCUCCCUUUCCAACAGUGUCAUCAUUCCAUCACCACCGUCGAUUGCCAACCCUCCGGCGCCACCUCCGCCAUGCUCGUCUUCGUCAGCGGUAACCUCCAACUCGCCGGUGAACAACACGCCCUCAACUUCAGCCAGAUGUUCCAUUUGAUGCCAACACAGCAGGGAAGCUAUUAUGUGUUGAAUGACAUAUUCCGUUUGAACUAUGCAUGAUAAUAGACCGUAGAGUGUGUGACAUUGAAGGCCAUAGAAAUUUGCCUACAGUUAUUUUCACUUCAGACAUUGGAAAUUGACAAUGGUUUCUUUUUGGUUCGUGUUGAACGCUUAAUUGUACCUCUUCUGUUUAAUAUUCUGUUAUAUGAUUGGUUUGAACUUUAAA